AUGGCCGUAUUCUUCCCCGUCUUCGUCGUGCUUCUCGCCUUCGCCUGCCUCCGCUUGUUCCGGGCCCCCGACGACGACCCGCAGGCUCCGGACGCGGCGUCGGCACCGGAGUGGCCCCGCGGCGGCGGGGGCAGCCGCAAGGGAGGGCUCGACGCCGCCGCGAUCGCCGCGCUGCCGCUGGUGUUCUUCCGCGAGCGUCCUCGACGCGCCAACAGCUCCGGCGGCGCUGCUCCAGACGGCGACGCAAGCGCAAUCGCGGAAGGGGAAGAAGAGGAUUGGACUAGGAUCCAGCGCCUCGCGAGGAACCGCCGCGCGGCGGGGCGGCAGGCGCUGCCGCGGUCCAACUCGACGGGUCACAGCGCCAGCGACGACGCCGGGAUGGAGCGGUUCGCGCUGCGGCUGCCCGAGCACGUGCGCCUCGAGCUGCUCAUGUCGCACAGGCUGAGGCACGUGACGAGCUCGGUGGCAUCCGUGCGCGUCAUGGAGGGCAGCGCCCACGACGCCAGCAGUGUGGUGGGCGGGGAGCGUCAGGAGCGCCAUGGCGAGGCUGCUGUCGCUCUUUGCGCCGGGCGCCGGGUGGAAGGGCGAUGGCGACGACAAGUCCGGCAAGGCAGACACCACUGGGGGGGCGUCAUCUCUCCGCCGCCGCGAGAACUCGUCCACAGGAGCAGUGGGAGAAGAGAAGAGAAGCGCCUGAUCGGCAAAAGGCAGGGAGAGAAACCUGGGUUAAGCACCAAAUAA